AUGAAUCAAGGAGAUCACUACCAUCACACUCCUAGAAGGUCCAUAAGACCUAGGGAAGUCAAAGUUGACCUUCCACAUUUCUUUGGUAAAGAUGAUGUGGAAGUAUACUUAAAUUGGGAAAUGAAGGUUGAGCAACUCUUUGCUUGCCACAGGGUAAAAAGGCGAGUUAGAAGUAUAAGCAAAGAAAAGAUAUCCGAAAACAUUAGCCUCACUUCAUUUCUCUUCCUCUUCAAAUUCAUUCAUUCAAAACUCAAAAUGCUAUCCACACUCCAAACCCCUCGCUCCCUCACGCGCCUCUCCCACUCCUUCACCUCACGCGCCUCCCUCGCCGACCAAGCCGCCGCCCCUCCCCACUCCGAAAUCCUCUCCAUCCGCCACGCCCUCCUCUCCCGCCGCGCCUCCGCCGCCGACCUCGCCCGCGCCCACCUCGCGCGCCUCCGCCGCCCCGAGCCCCGCCUCCGCUCCUUCCUCCACCUCCCCGACGACGACGCCCUCCUCGCCCACGCCCGCCGCCUCGACGCCCUCAUCGCCGCCGGCCACGACCCCGGCCCCCUCGCCGGCGUGCUGGUGGCCGUGAAGGACAACAUCUGCACCGCCGACAUGCCCUCCACCGCCGGCUCGCGCAUCCUGGAGGGCUACCGUCCGCCGUUCGACGCCACCGCCGUGAAGAGAGUGAGGGAAUUGGGCGCCAUUGUGGUUGGGAAGACCAAUAUGGAUGAGUUCGGAAUGGGAAGCUCCACUGAAGCUUCUGCGUUUCAGGUGACUGCUAACCCAUGGGAUGUGUCUAGGGUGCCCGGAGGAUCGUCAGGAGGAUCAGCUGCUGCAGUUUCUGCUAGGCAGUGUGUUGUAUCGUUGGGAAGUGAUACUGGUGGAAGUGUGAGGCAGCCAGCAUCUUUUUGUGGUGUUGUAGGUUUGAAGCCAACAUAUGGGCGUGUCUCAAGAUUUGGACUUAUGGCGUAUGCAUCAUCACUUGAUGCCAUUGGUUGCUUCGGUUCAUCAGUUGCUGAUACUGGGAUUCUUCUUCAUGCAGUUGCUGGUCAUGAUAGAUUUGAUGCCACCUCAAGUAAGCAGGAUGUACCAAACUUUCUAUCUCAUUUUGUCUCUGCGAGUUCCUUGGAAAGUAAGCCCUUGAAGGGACUCAGAGUUGGUCUGAUCCGUGAAACUAUUGAUGAUGGUGUUGAAGCUGGAGUAAUUUCUGCAAUUCGUGCUGCUGCUUUGCAUUUUGAGGAAUUAGGAUGUACUGUGAAUGAGGUCUCACUUCCAUCCUUUUCCCUUGGGUUGCCAGCAUAUUAUGUCCUUGCUGUGUCUGAAGCAUCUUCCAAUUUGUCUCGCUAUGAUGGUAUUAGAUAUGGAAACCAAGUUUACGCCGAUGAGCUAGAUUCUCUUUAUGGAGGUUCCCGAGCUAAUGGGUUUGGUUCUGAGGUCAAAAUGAGAAUUUUGAUGGGAACAUACGCCCUUUCAGCUGGUUAUUAUGAUGCAUAUUACAAGCGUGCACAACAGGUAAGGACCAUAAUAAGGAAUAGCUUUAAGGAGGCACUGAAUCAAAAUGACAUCUUGAUUUGUCCUGCAGCUCCUUCAGCUGCUUAUAAAAUUGGUGAAAAGAAAAAUGAUCCCUUGGCUAUGUAUGCAGGCGAUAUCAUGACUGUAAAUGUUAAUCUAGCUGGACUACCUGCCUUGGUUUUGCCAUGUGGAUUUGUUGAAGGUGGACCUUCAGGCCUUCCUGUUGGUCUACAAAUGAUUGGUGCAGCAUUUAAUGAGGGAGAGCUGCUGAGAGUGGGACAUAUCUUUGAGCAAACUCUUCAAAAUUGCAGAUUCGUUCCACCAAUUGUAGCUGAAGACAUUGGAUACUGAGUAUAACUUGUCGUUCUACAUUUUGGUUUUCCAUCAAUGUUUCAUUAGUUCCAUGACCAAUUGACAAUGAGGUGGCUGGAGCAGGUAUUUUUCGGCAAAGUUAAUAAAAUUCUUCUCCAAAUUAUGACUGCAACUGGAUUGAGUGAGCUUGAAAGUUCACUAUUUGAAAUUGAAUAUGUUCAUAAUAAACCUUCUAGCAGCUUUUGAUGAGUGGGUCACUUACCAUGGUUAGCACAAUUGUAUGAAUAAUUAAUGUAUUGUGUUUAUUAUUCUGUGUAGAACUUGCUAGAUUGUAAUUGAAACAAUUUGCCCUUGUAAUUUAUUCUUGAGGAUUUCUUUCGAAUUAGAAAUAUUAUAAGUA